AUGCAGCGUGACGAGAUAGUAGCAAUAGAGAAGAAGCCAGAAAAUGAAGAAGAAAAUCUUGACCAAGGACUUUUCGGUCGCUUCCUCGUUUUCAUAACCACAAUUAUUAUCAUCGCUGGCUUUCCAAUUUUCAUUUGGAGCUGCGUCCAAAUCGUGCAAGAGUACGAACGAGCAGCUAUUUUCCGCUUGGGUCGGCUCAAACAGCGCAAAGCAGUUGGACCAGGCCUUUUCUGGAUCAACUUUUUCACCGACACCUAUAUCAAGAUCGACUUGCGAACCGUUUGCUUUGACAUCCCAAGCCAAGAGAUUCUGACCAAGGAUUCCGUCACUAUUCGUGUCGAUGCGGUCGUAUAUUACCGAAAAGUGGAGCCAACCAGGUCCGUCUGCGAAGUGGAGAAUUCUGAUCAUUCUACUAGACUUCUGGCACAAGUAACUCUCCGAAACACUUUGGGCACUCGAACAUUGACGGAAGUUCUUUCUGAGCGAGAGUCAAUCAGCGACGAAAUCCAGCAAGCUCUUGACAGUGCCACAGAUCCAUGGGGAAUUUGCGUUGAACGCGUCGAGCUCAAAGAUGUUGUUCUUCCGGCACAAAUGCAACGCGCGAUGGCCGCAGAGGCAGAAGCCACUCGGGAGGCGAAGGCCAAGAUCAUCCAGGCCGAGGGAGAGAUGAACGCUUCAAAAGCCAUUGCAGAAGCUGCCCGAGUCAUUGCAGAGUGUCCACAGGCGAUACAGCUUAGAUACUUGCAAACACUGACAACAGUCUCUGCUGAAAAGAACUCGACAAUUAUUUUCCCAAUUCCGAUCGAGAUGAUGUCCGCUUUCAACAAAUCCGAAUAA